GGCAGCAGCGGUACCGCCCCUUUCGGAGUCUUAGGCUAUUGGUCACGGAGAGUGAGAGUUUAGCCCCAGGGCGCGGGAGCCGAUAGCUAUGGCGGCUAUGGCUGCCAAGGUGUUGGCUUUACUACUAGUGAGUUGGGCAGAGGCCGACAUACCUGAGGACGAGACCCGCGAGGCAGCGGCCGUGCAAGGUCUGCUAACAAGGCUGCUGGGACCCCGGGCGGCCGCGUGGUUCUCGGUGUCCGUGCAGCACUCCCUGGCGCCAGUUGCUGACACAUACCGCCUGACUGGCGGCGGCGGGACCUUGGUGCAGGUGACGGGCUCCAGCGGCGUAGCGGCUGCGGCAGGGCUGUACCGUUACCUGCGCGACUUCUGUGGCUGCCAAGUAGCCUGGUCGGGAGCGCAGCUCCGCCUGCCGGAGCCGCUGCCCGCAGUGCCUGAGGAGCUCAUCGAGAUCACGCCCAACUGGUACCGCUAUUAUCUGAACAUCUGCACACCCAGCUACUCCUUUGUGUGGUGGGGCUGGGAGCGCUGGGAGCGGGAGAUCGACUGGAUGGCCCUGAACGGCAUCAACCUGGUGCUGGCCCCCGUAGGGCAGGAGGCCAUCUGGAGGAGGGUGUACUUGACUUUGGGUUUGAACCAGACAGAGAUAGAUGAGUACUUCACUGGUCCAGCCUUCUUGGCAUGGGGGCGAAUGGGCAACCUGCACACCUGGGGAGGUCCUUUACCCUCCUCCUGGGACCUUAAGCAGUCUUACCUGCAGUACCGGAUUCUGGAGAGGAUGAGAUCUUUUGGGAUGAAGCCGGUACUUCCUGCAUUUGCUGGACAUAUUCCCAAGGCAUUUACUAGGGUGUUCCCUCAGGCCAAUGUCACAAAUCUGGGCAUGUGGGGCCACUUCAGCUGUAAUUACUCCUGCUCCUACCUCUUGGCCCCUGAAGACCCCUUGUUCCCAGUUGUUGGGAGCCUCUUCCUGAGGGAGCUGACCAAGGAGUUUGGCACUGAUCACAUCUAUAGUGCUGACAUCUUCAAUGAAAUGGAUCCCCCUUCCUCUAAUCCAGCCUACCUGGCUGCUACUACAGCCGCAGUCUAUGAAGCCAUGGUUGCAGUGGAUGUUGAUGCUGUGUGGCUUUUCCAGGGCUGGCUUUUUCAGAAUCAUCCAGAUUUCUGGAAACCCCCCCAGAUGAAGGCUGUGCUAGAGGCUGUGCCCCGUGGCCGCUUUCUCAUCCUGGACCUUUUUGCUGAGUCCCAGCCUGUCUACUCCCGAACCAAUUCCUUCUACGGCCAGCCCUUCAUCUGGUGCAUGCUGCACAAUUUUGGGGGAAACCAUGGGCUUUUUGGAGUAUUAGAUGCUGUGAACAGGGGACCCUCAACUGCACGUCUCUUUCCCAACUCCACCAUUGUGGGUACAGGCAUAGUCCCAGAGGGCAUCAAUCAGAACGAAGUGGUCUAUGCCCUAAUGGCUGAGCUGGGCUGGAGGAAGGACCCCUUUCCUGACCUCGGGGCUUGGGUAGCAGGCUUUGCAGCCCAGCGAUAUGGGACUCCCCACCCCCAGGCAGAAGCUGCCUGGAGGCUGCUGCUACAAAGUGUCUACAACUGUUCUUGGGAAAACUGCACUGGCCAUAACCACAGCCCACUGGUGAAACGACCAUCCCUUCACUUGGACUUCUCUGUCUGGUAUAAUCGCAGUGAUGUAUUUGAGGCCUGGAGGUUGCUGCUAGAAGCAGCUCCACAGCUGGCAACCAGCUCUGCCUUCCGUUAUGACCUUCUAGAUGUCACUCGUCAGGUGGCCCAGGAGUUGGUGAGCCUGUACUAUGGGGAGCUCAAGACAGCCUUUGAGGCAGGAUCAAUGCCGGCCUUGCUCAGUGCUGGUGGUCUGCUGGUCUUUGACCUACUGCCCUCCCUGGAUGAGCUGCUGGGGACUGAUGAGCGGUUCCUGCUAGGUGGCUGGCUAGAGCAGGCUCGGGAGAUGGCAGUCAGUGAAGCCGAGGCCUGGCAUUAUGAGCAGAAUGCCCGCUACCAGCUAACCCUGUGGGGACCCACAGGGAACAUCCUAGACUAUGCCAACAAGCAACUGGCAGGGCUUGUGGCGGGCUACUAUGCUCCCCGAUGGAAGCUCUUUGUGGAGAUGCUGGUGAAGAGCCUGGCUGAGGGCACCCCUUUCCACCAGAACCAGUUUGAGAACGAAGCCUUCUUGUUGGGCCAGGCCUUUGUAUCCAGGAGGGAGAAGUUCCCCACCCAGCCUCAGGGUGACACUGUGGACUUAGCCAGGAAAUUCUUCCUCAAGUAUUAUCCGAAGUUUCAAGCAGGAGCUGUGUGACCCACCCCCUCACCUGCUCCACCUGGGAGGACAACUCCUUACAUUCUUGAGGUUCCUCCUUGGACCUUCAAUCCUAUCAGUGGCCUAACUUGGGACCUGGGAGCGGAUAGGUUAUAAAACCAUGGACAAUUAUUAGAGAUUCUCUCCCCCUUCCUCUCUCUCCCCGACCCCCACCUUCUCCCCCUCUCUCUCCCUCAUUCCCACUUCCUCUUUCCCCCUACUACUAUGCUCUGGCUGGCUCCUGAAUCAGGGACUGCAUUCACUCAAGAGACUCUUUUAGCUGGGUGAUCAGAAGAGAGGUGAAGGUCUGGGACAGAAAGUGGGUCCUGUGAAUUGAGAGUAAUGGAGGAGCCACUAGGAGGCAAAGUGGAUAGAACACCUGGCCAGGGCUCAGAAUGAUCUCAGUACAAAACAAGCCUCAGAUAUUUACUAACUAUGACCCUGGGCAAGACAUCUUACCAUUUACCUCAGUGCCUCAUAUGUAAAAUGGACUGGAAAAGGAAAUGGCAGGCCAUUUCAGUACCUUUGUGAAGAAAACCUUAAAUAGAGUCACAGAGUUGGACUUGAUUGAAAACAGCUUCACAACAGCAAAUUCAUGUCAUUCUCUCCCCUACUCUAGAACUGGACAUCAAACCAAAUUUUUUUUACCAAUCAAUGAAUAAAUGACAUAUCUGACUAUAACUGUCCUGGGAGGACUCAGAGCAGUAAUGUGUAUAGAUAGGACAACAUGAUGAGUAUGACAGACAAAAUCUAUCUCUCAACUUUCCCCAUUCAGCUGCCAGAGCACCUAGAUUUGGCUCUAGCUUCUGUCCCUUGCUUCAGUUUCUCCCACCCAUUUUUCAGAAAAGGUGAUACUUAAGAGCAGACUAGACUUAAGGAGAGAAGCAGGAAGUAUGAAGAAAGUGUCAAUGAAGGCUUAUUGGCCUUGAGAUAAUGAAAUAGACACAACAAGGGAGACUAGGGGCUUGAGUAAAAGGAGGUGCACUUGGAGCUUAUGGACUGGGCCAGCCUCUGUAGUCUCUCUCUUGCUAUAGCCCUUUUGCCUUCCAUUUUUUCCAGUCUCUUCUUUUCGUGCCUCCAAAAUAUGUGUCUUUAUCUUUUUUCUUUUUGUGAAUGGGAAGGUAGUUUUCAACACGGGAUUUUCCUCCUGCUUCUGACUAUUUGGCUAAUCCUAUGGACAACUUCAAAAGUGAGAGAAGAGCUAGGGCCCAAAACCAGAUGUAUAGGUUGGAUCAGGGAGGGAGACAUACCUAGGUGCAGCUAAGGAGGGAAGCAAAGAUUUGUCUUCUAGAGAGAGUUCCAAGUUCCAGGGAUGUGCCCUUCUCACUGCUGCCCAGGUGAUGUCUACUGCCAGGUCACAGGACCCUCUGUGAGGGGUUAUAUGGGCCCAAUAGCUGUCCUCCCAUUUCCUUUGGAUGCUUCAGCUUAAUGUGACUGACCCCAACUUGGUGACAACUGCCCAGGGCUAUGUGGAUGUCCUGGGUGAGUUCCAAGAAGCUUUCAUCCCUACUCUUAGGCAUAGUAGGUAUGGGUUUUACCCUUCUGGGGCCAUUCCUUACCCUUCCCAUUUCCCAGCUAGUUAUAGGUUUGAAGUGCAUGAGGAUCUGGAAAAACUUUGGAGUUUCCAGAAUUUUAUAUUAUCUCAACUUUGUUCUGACCUAACCUUAAAAAGUUAACAAAGUGUUCUGCACACUGUAGGCACAUAGUAUUUUCUGUAUGAAUAAAAUCUGAGCUGGAGUGCUUGGAAAUCUGAAAA